AUCCAUCUCCUCAUCAUCUCCAUCUCCAUCUCCUUCCUUCUCUCGCCUAACCCCUGCAACAACACUCUCAUUGCCGAGCUCAAAAGAGAAAAAAACGAAAAGAAAAGGCGCAAAAAAGCAAAAAAAGAAAAACUGGAGAGUAUUCCAUGGAUACUCUCCAGUCGUAGAAAAGAAAAGGAAAGAAAGAAGGAAGAAAAAGAGCCCAAAUGACCCAGAACCGAUUCAAUCUCCAAGACUCGGAGCGUGAAGAAGACGAUUCAUCCAACUCAGUAAGUAGCAGCAACAACAGCGGAGCCGCAGGCAUGAGAAUCAUCGUACCCUUGCAAGGCGUCGUCCAAGGUCGAGGAGGACUUGUCCUCGGCUCAGUAAUCCCAUGCGCUCUUUUCUACUUCCUGCAACUCUAUUUAAAGAGGAACCGGUCUCCAUCUCCAUCUCCUCCUCCGUCUUCUCCAUCUCCGUCCUCGACCCAGCUCUCAGAACUCUCUGGAAUCCCCCGCAGCCUCUCUCGAUCUCAUCUCUCGCCCAGGGGUUCUACCGGGCCUACUUACGUCUCGAAUAGGGCUUCCUCCAUCACCAAAUCUGGUGACUCGCCUUACUAUGUCGGCUUGAAUAAGGUCGAUGGAGAUCAGUAUGAUGCUUUGGAGAAUCCAGAUGGGGUAAUUCAGCUCGGAUUGGCUGAGAAUAAGUUGUCGUUGGAUCUGGUUCGGGAUUGGUUCGCGGAUCAUCUUAAGGAUUCGUUGAUUAUUGAGAGCGGCUCGGAUUUGAGUAUUAGUGGGAUUGCAACUUAUCAGCCGUUUGAUGGGUUGAUGGAGAUGAAGAUGGCCAUGGCUGGAUUCAUGUCUCAAGUUAUGCAAGCACCAUCUUCGUUCAACCCAUCACAAAUAGUAUUAACAUCUGGUGCAACCGCUGCAAUUGAGAUACUCACCUUCUGCUUGGCAGAUCCCGGAAAUGCAUUUCUUGUUCCCUCGCCAUAUUACCCAGGUUUCGACAGGGAUAUAAAAUGGCGAACUGGAGUAGAGCUGGUACCAGUUCCAUGCCGCAGCACUGACAACUUCAAUUUAAGCAUUGCCGCUCUUGACAGAGCGUACAGUCAGACCAAGAAACGUGGGAUAAAAGUCCGUGCCGUUCUCAUUACGAACCCCUCCAACCCUGUCGGUAAUCUGCUGAACCGGGAUACACUGUACAGCCUUCUAGAUUUUGCCAGAGAGAAAAAUAUCCACAUCAUCUCCGAUGAAAUAUUUGCGGGGUCGGUACAUGGGAGCGAAAAGUUUGUGAGCAUGGCGGAGAUUUUAGAUUCCGAAGGUUUCGACCGGAGCAGGGUUCAUAUAAUACAUGGUCUGUCCAAAGAUCUCUCUCUUCCGGGCUUUAGAGUGGGAGUCAUUUACUCUUACAAUGAAAUUGUCCAGGCCGCUGCUACGAAGUUAGCUAGGUUCUCCCCCAUUUCAGCUCCUACCCAGCGUUUGCUGAUCUCGAUGCUUUCUGAUGAAAAAUUCAUAAAGAAAUACAUUGAGAUAAACAAGGACAGGCUGCGGAAAAUGUAUGCUGCGUUUGUGAAUGGGUUGGAAGAGUUGGACAUCAAGUGCAUGAAGAGCAGCGGUGGUUUUUACUGUUGGGCUGACAUGAGCAAGCUGAUCCGCUCUUAUAGCGAGAAGGGGGAGCUCGAUCUGUGGAACAAAUUGCUGAAGGAAGCAAAGAUCAAUGUAACUCCUGGAUCAUCUUGCCACUGUAUCGAACCUGGAUGGUUUCGGUGCUGUUUUACAACACUGACCGAAAAUGAUAUUCCUGUAGUUAUGGAGCGGAUUCGGAAAGUUUCUGAAAGUUGUAAAUCUCGACAUUGAAGUGGAAAUGGCUUUCUUCAA